CAAUUAAGGUGCGACCUAGAAGCCAUUCCAGUGGAGCUGAAAUACUUUGGAUUCUGAAGUUUGGAGUGCUGAUUAAGGGACACGUUCCUUAGAACGGCAAAGUAGCUCUGAAGUGAUUCUUAAAAAGCCUUCUGGAAAGAAGUUAUGCAGAACGGAAGGGAAGGCAAUCUGCAGACAAGGCAAGUCCUGCUUUUCUUUGUUUUAUUUGGAAUGUCUCACGCUGAGUCUAGGAGCUUUUCAGUGAUGGAGGAAACUGAGAGUGGAGCCUUUGUGGGUAAUUUGGUAAACGACUUGGGACUGGAAAUGAAUAAGCUUUCAUCAAGGGAGGCUCGGGUGGUCUCUAAUGCAAACAGACCACCUUUGCAGCUGAACCUAAAUACUGGGGAUUUGCUCUUAAGCGAGAUGCUAGACAGAGAGGAGCUUUGUGGCUCCACUGAGCCCUGUGUGCUACAUUUCCAGGUAUUAAUGAAAAACCCCUUGCAGUUUUUACCGAUUGAGCUUCAGGUGACAGAUAUAAAUGACCACUCUCCCAUUUUCUUGGAAAAAGAAAUGAUCCUAAAAAUCCCAGAGAAUAGUCCUGUCGGUUCUGUGUUCUUGCUAGAAAGUGCAAAGGAUUUAGAUGUGGGAAUCAAUGCUGUAAAAAGCUACAAAAUAAGCCCAAACUCUCAUUUCCAUGUUAAUAUGAGAGUCAAUCCAGACAACAGGAAAUACCCAGAGUUAGUUAUGGACAAGGCACUGGAUUAUGAAGAGCAGCCAGAGCUCAGCUUCAUUCUUACUGCUUUGGAUGGUGGGUCCCCACCCAGAUCUGGUACUGCCUUAGUUCAAGUCAUGGUGGUGGAUGUAAAUGACAACUCACCUGAAUUUGAGCAUGCAUUUUAUGAAGUGAAGAUUUCAGAAGACAGCAUCGUUGGCUCACAUGUAGUCACUGUAUCAGCUUGGGAUUUAGACUCAGGAAUAAAUGGUGAAAUAUCAUACAUGUUUUCCCAUGCCUCCGAAGAUAUUCAAAACACAUUUGAAAUUAAUCAGAAGUCUGGAGAAGUUAGUUUAAGAACAAAUCUGGACUUUGAAACAAUACAAUCCUACUCGAUAAUCAUUCAAGCCACAGAUGGUGGAGGACUUUUUGGAAAAUCUACUGUCAGAAUUGAGGUGAUGGAUGUGAAUGACAAUUAUCCUGAAAUUGCUGUGUCAUCAAUUACCAGCCCAAUUCCAGAAAAUUCGCCUGAGACUGUAAUAAUGGUUUUUAGUAUAUGGGACAGAGACUCAGGAGUCAAUGGAAAGAUGGUUUGCUCUAUAGAAGAAGACAUUCCAUUCCGACUGAAAUAUUCAGUUGACAAUUACUACACUUUAGAAACAGAGAAACCACUUGACAGAGAAAGCAAAGCUGAAUACAACAUCACCAUCACUGUCUCUGACUUGGGGACUCCCAGGCUGCAAACCCAGCACACCUUCACCCUGCAGGUGUCCGACGUGAACGACAACGCCCCCGAAUUCACGCAGUCCUCCUACACCCUGUGGGUCCGCGAGAACAACAGCCCCGCCCUGCACAUUGGCACCAUCAGCGCCACAGACAGAGACUCGGGCAGCAACGCCCAGCUGACCUACUCGCUGCUGCCCGGCCCGCAGCCCGGCCCCGACGCGGCGGCGGCGCUGGUGUCCAUCAACGCGGACAGCGGGCAGCUGUUCGCCCUGAGGGCGCUGGACUAUGAGGCCCUGCAGGCGUUCGAGGUGCGCGUGCGCGCCGCCGACCGCGGCUCGCCCCCGCUCAGCAGCCAGGCGCUGGUGCGCGUGCAGGUGCUGGACGCCAACGACAACUCGCCCUUCGUGCUGUACCCGCUGCAGAACGCGUCUGCGCCCUGCACCGAGCUGCUGCCCAGGGCGGCCGAGCCGGGCUACCUGGUGAGCAAGGUGGUGGCGGUGGACUGCGACUCGGGCCAGAACGCCUGGCUGUCGUUCCAGCUGCUCAAGGCCACGGAGCCCGGGCUGUUCAGCGUGUGGCCGCACAAUGGCGAGGUGCGCACCGCCAGGCUGCUGAGCGAGCGCGACGCGCCCAAGCACAGGCUGCUGCUGCUGGUCAAGGACAAUGGCGAGCCGCCGCGCUCGGCCAGCGUCACGCUGCACGUGCUGCUGGUGGAUGGCUUCUCGCAGCCCUACCUGCCGCUGCCCGACGCGGCGGCGCCCGAGCGCGCGCAGCCCGACCGCCUCACUGCCUACUUGGUCAUCGCGCUGGCGGCCGUGUCUUCUCUCUUCCUCUUGUCUCUGCUGCUCUUCGUGGCCUUCAGGCUGUGCAGGAGGAGCAGGGCGCGCUCGCUGGCCGGCUGCGCGCUGCCCGAUGGUCCCUUGCCUGGACACCUGCUGGACGUGAGUGGCACGGGGACCCUGGCCCACAGCUACCAGUAUGAGGUGUGUCUGCAGGGAGGGACUGGCACCAAUGAGUUCAAAUUCCUGAAGCCCAUUAUCCCUAAUCUUGAAAUCCAGGGCACUAGUACCAAUAUGAAUGGAAUGGAGAAUUUUCGGAAUAGCUUUGGAUUCAACAUUCAAUAAAACUUUUUCUUCUGAAAUUUUAACCUAGUAUUCUUGGCA